GAAUACUAGAGAAUAUUGAGUUCCAAUUUGGCCUUGCCAAAAAUGGUAUCCAAUUUGAAGAAAAGUUAAAUAUAUUUUUAAGCCUUGUCCUAAAAAAACUUGCAGAUCCUCAUGAAAUUGUGCGAAAAAAGGCCAUAGAUAUAUUUAAUCACAUUAAUAAAAGAAUGACAAAAACUGUUAAACUUCCAUGGGAUUCGCUUGUUAAACUUGCUUGUUCAGAAAAUUUUAUGGAUUCACCCAUGCUUAAGAAUUUUACAAUUAUGUAUCUUGAAAAGGCUUACGAUCGUCUAAAUGAAAAG